AUGUCAGCUAUAAAUUUAGCUUUUAGACGGUUUUGGAACGGUGAAACAGGGCCGCGGACCGUGCAUUUCUGGGCUCCCACCCUCAAGUGGGGAUUGGUGAUAGCCGGGCUAAGCGACGUUCACAGGCCCGUGGAAAAGGUCAGUGGCGCACAGAAUCUGUCUUUGUUGGCAACAGCGCUUAUUUGGACGCGGUGGUCGUUCGUCAUCAAGCCUAAGAACUACUUGCUAGCAAGUGUGAAUUUUUUCCUCGGCGGUGUUGCAGGAUACCAUAUCGCGAGAAUUGUCAACUACAGACUGCGGAAUGGCGACUCGACGAGCCAGGUCUUCAAGUACAUCCUCAACGGCGAAAGCUCGAUUCUGAAUAGAGAGUCGCAGUCGCAGUCGCAGUCACAGUCCUCCAACAAAAAACAACUAAACCUGCAUUCUGGUAAUGCAUCGCACGAGUCGACCUCCUAA